CCUCCCCGGGUGCAGUGCCGCCUUACCUACUGGCCUGUUGCUGCAACACUGUGGCUUGUGUUGCCAAGGCGUCUGUUGGUCCCCUGCUGAUCCCCGGAGCUCUGGGGGCCCCGCCCACGAGGGCAUUCGAGGGGAGGGGGGACUCCCUCAGCUCUUUCCGUAUAUGGCUUCCCCAUCCUUUCUGGUUUCCGGCGCCGCAGCAUUUAUCCUGGGCACUGAUGGAACCAGGAGUUCAUGAGAAGGCCCAGCACAGAAUGGAGCGACCGCGGCUGUCACUGCUGUCCUCGCGCAGGGUGCCUGCCCUGCCAUGGGGGUUCACAGAGUAGGCGCCUUCUGCGUGCCUACUGUUUCUGGUUGGGCGCUGGGAUGGGCAGGUGAACGAACUCCCUGCCUUGGCCUGGAGAGGGAAGCCCCCGCCCUGAGGAAGGGGUUCGAAAGCCUGGGGGCCUCUCGAGAAGACGCGGGGUGCCUGAGCUCUGCAACCAUGAAGGUCAAGGUCAUCCCUGUGCUCGAGGAUAACUACAUGUACCUGGUCAUCGAGGAGCGCACGCGGGAGGCUGUGGCCGUGGACGUGGCCGUGCCCAAGAGGCUGCUGGAGAUCGUGGGCCGGGAGGGGGUAUCACUGACCACCGUGCUGACCACCCACCACCACUGGGACCACGCGCGGGGAAACGCGGAGCUGGCGCGGCUGCGGCCAGGGCUGGCGGUGCUGGGCGCGGACGAGCGCAUUAGCGCGCUGACCCGCAGGCUGGUGCAUGGCGAGGAGCUGCGGUUUGGGGCCAUCCACGUGCGCUGUCUCCUGACGCCGGGCCACACCUCCGGCCACAUGAGCUACUUCCUGUGGGAAGAGGAGUGUCCGGAUCCGCCCGCGGUGUUCUCGGGGGAUGCGCUGUCGGUGGCUGGCUGUGGCUUGCGCCUGGAGAGCACAGCUGAGCAGAUGUAUGAGAGCCUGAAGGAGACCUUGGGCAGCCUGCCCCCGGAGACGGUGUUCUGUGGCCAUGAGCACACACUGGGCAACCUUGAGUUUGCACAGAAAGUGGAGCCCGGCAAUGACCACGUGAGAGCCAAGCUGUCAUGGGCUAAGGAAGGGGUGAGUAGAAGGAGCGAAGCCAAGUUGCCUGGGGCUCUCAAGACAAGGCUGUGACAAGGGCCUGUGGUCAUUCCAGAAGAGGGACGAGGAUGACAUGCCCACAGUGCCAUCCACCCUGAGCGAGGAGCUCCUCUACAACCCCUUCCUAAGGGUGGCGUGAGUACUGGUCGGCGUCCCAGGCCUUAUGGGGGCCCCGUGCCCACCCCAGGGGCUGUGCCCCAGAGCAGGAUGCCUCGCGGCUGGCCUGCUGUCCUUUGGUCCUCCUUGGUGUCAUUUGGGCACUGCAGGAGGUGCCAGGGGACUGGUUAUUGGGCUGACUGGCACCAGGGAGCGGCUGCUUUUUAAGGGUCCUCUGCUAACACCCCCUGGCAGUUCCCCAACAGACUCCCCACGGCGUCCCCUUUCCCCACAGAGAAGAGCCUGUGCGCAAGUUCACGGGGAAGGCAGCCCCAGCUGAGGUCCUGGAGGCACUCUGCAAGGAGCGGGCGAGCUUCCAGCGGGCGGCUGAGCCGGUGCAGCCGCAGGCUCGGGCUCUC